GAUAGGAAAAAGUUUUGCCUAGCAAUUUUCUGUGUGUCUGGAAUUUUAUGUUGUGCCGCCGGUGUUUUCCAACAUUUUGAUAAAAUAUCGAAAACAUCUUCUCAUAUCGUAGCUACAUUUGUGGUUUCAAUGUUGGCCAAAUUUGCUGUAGCAUCAGCAGACAGAUGUGUUACCCUUUACACAACGGAACUAUAUCCUACAGUUAUAAGGACAACAGGUUACAGUUUCCAGGCGACUGUUGGGCGCUGUGGGGCAAUUGUAUCUCCAUUUUUGAUUCACAUUGAUAGAUAUUUCCCCGGUGCCAUGUACUUCCUCUCUGGAGUUAUGUUGCUUAUCUCUUCGGUUUGCAUUUUGUUCCUAAGGGAGACAAAGGACAUGGUACUACAGGACUACAUCAGACCGGAUCCAUCAGAUUUAAGUACUAAAUAAACAGAUUAAUAUUUUCAUCGACUCGCCUUUAAUUGAUAGUUCAUUGCUAAAGAAAGAUAAAUGAAGUGAACAUUGCCAGGACGUAUUGAAAUUAUGUUUUAUUUUCUAUUAUGAUCUUAUGUAUUUGUGUUAGGUGUUAAAAGCAUUAUUAAUCUAAUAUGAAAACAGAAAAAUAUGAAUAAAUUGAAAUUGAUUCCAGAUCAGAAUGUUAAACCUUUGAAAACUUGAGUAAGCUGAAAGUCGUCAUUUUUGGAUCAUGCCUACACCCAAACAAAAAUGAUGUGUUUAAAUCUUUACUUUGUUAUAGAUGAUAUAUUUUCAAACACAUUACAUUUCCAGCACAUUUUUUUUAAUAAAAGGCCCAUUAUGCCCAAUUUACUCAUUUUAUUGUUGGUGUACUAUUGUAAUGUCCAUAAAUUACUCAUUG